CGAUGGCUAACUACCCGCAAUACCCGUUCGCUUACCCUCCCAACGCCUACGUUCCCACCCUUCCUCCCCCCGCUCCCUACUUGGUCCCUCCAGAAGUCGGAAGAGGUCGUAGAAAUUCCUGGCAUGCGCGAGCUCCUCCACGUAGCCCAGGGUACGCUCCUCCGACGCCUCGAGCAUCCACACCACAACCUUACCCACCCUACCCUCACUUCAACACCCGCCCUGUUUAUCCCGACGGUAGACGGCCGUCUUUCGACCAUGCAUUUGUUCGGCCUCUCGUCGACCCCGUCUGGGGCCCGGGAUACCCGAGGGACGCGAAUCCUCACCACUCGCCCUAUGGAGGUUGGAUGUUUGUUGGACCUCCUGAAUUGCCCCCUCCACAGAUCCACCACUUGCUCAAUGGGGAUAUUCUUCCUCAAUAUAUUAUUCUUGAUCUCGCUAGCCACAUCCCAUCUGUCCAACGACGCGUCAAUCCAUCACAGUCUGUUCCGCUCACGGCUCACGAAUUGGAACAAGCAGUAACCAGCCCCGAGACCCUGCGUCUGCGAAUCGUCAGCGACGCAUUUCCCCAAUGGCCCCUUGACCUUUCCAUCACCGGCUCGUCGCUCAACCCGCCCCUCCGUGGUCGUCCCGCCCUCCCAUACAUCACGGUUGGCGACGUGAUCUUUUCCCUUCACGCUCAUCUUCAUACUCCGAUCACACAUGAAGAAUGGGGAAGGCUCAACGCCACCCAGGAGACGGAUGUGGCAAAGGCAUACACGAAGCGGACCAAAGCUCAUCCCGCAUCGGAGACGGAGCAGAGGAGGGCAGGUGUGAAGCGGGUUGACUACCUACUCAGAAGGCACGCUUUCAACGGCUUCACAUGGACCACGCCGGAGAAUGGGGUGGAAAGGUUGAAGCUGCUUACACAAAGGGUUAACGAGUUGUUUAUUAGGGAGAGCGCAACCGACGACCUUGAUGCCCCAGAGAAAUACGAAUAA